ACAGUUUUCAAGUCCAGGGUAAAGAACGCUCACCAUUCACCAGCUGAAAUGGUACUUUAAAACUUGAAAAUAACUUUUUUUCUCCUGUUCCUUUAGUUACUUUGGCAGUUGACUAACCAGUUUCAUCAAAGGAGCCAUUUGUUUGCUUUAAUAGCCGAACAAUUGGCAUUGAAGUCACUGUUGCUAGAGGAUUAAGAGUCUUGCCCUAAAUAUAAACACAUGCAAAGUGCGUUUUAUCCCAGGAUAUCUUCACUGGGUGUUUUAGGCAUACGACAACAAUGCUAAACCCUUUCACAUUUAUUUUAUCAUAUGGUUGGAAUGGUUACACAGAUAAAUUGUACUUGUGGAGGUUAACUGCUCCGUUCAAUGCAGCAAAUGUAAAAUGUGAAUUGAUUGAAUUGUUACUCCUGACUGUACUCAAGCUCGAGUAUUUACAUAGGUAGGAUUCUUUCACAGGCCAUUCAGCCUCCAAUAUCCCUCCGGUAUCUUAAAGUGUCAUUCUCAGGGGAGUUUGCUGAGCGCAGACUUGGUUACAUAGUUUCUAUUAAAACCCAAGUGUGAUACAUCUUUCAACACCAGAGUGAGAAAUUAACAUCAAAUCUUGUCAUAGGCCCGGUAUAACUGUCACUUCAUUGCCUUAUUUCUCAGCUACAGAGAGAGAACACUACUUCAGCCAUGUUUACGAGGUGACAGAUGCUCUAUAAUAUUUCAUCAUUACAGAAAAGCCUUUACACAACAGAUACGGCUCUGUAAAGUCAACAAAAUCAUCAAGAUGUUUUUUUCUCAUCCUAACCAUCUCCAUGCGUCAAACUGUAGCAAUGAAUUUGGCCUCCCUUAUCUUCUCAAGCAGACCUUUUGGCCUUUCGCCAGCAGCGACUACAAGGUCCUAUUAUCCUAUCCUAGCACCAAGGUUGUGAUCCAAACACACAGAGCUGUGUUGGUUUUGUGUUUUAAGUUGGACUCAUGCUGCAGUGUGCAUGGAUGCAACAAACCCAUUUUAAAAACAAGUCACAUGCUCCGCUAUUUGGAGGAACUGCACUGGUAAUCUAAACAAAACGUGAAUCCAGAUAACUGCAACAACAAAGUUUAAAUUAGGGAUCUACUUCCUGUUUUUUUUCCACAUCCUGACUUUCAGAAUUAUAUCAUUUUGAUUUAACACAACUGUGGUAGUAGUUCAAACUAUUAAAUUAGUUUUGCAGUCAUUUAUUUAGCCAGCAACGGCGUCCAGUGCUGCUGUUUGUCACAAAGGUUUUCUCCAGCACAGCAACAUUCACAUACUGAGCUGCUGAGGCAGCAUGCUGUCGGCUUUGUAGGUUUGUGUGAUGCCAGGUGGAGAGGCAGAAAGCAGGAAUAGAAAGUGAGCUUUGGCAGCCUUAAAUGUUCGUAACAUAUAGGUAAAACAAGAUCAACUAUUUAAAAUAUCUGCAGCGUUUUUUGGGAAAUGGGGUUGGCUCUUCCACGGGUUUGAAAAUAAAGGGAAAUAUACAGUGUGAGUGUAGACAUUUAUAGAGAUUUUAAAUGCUUCGGGAAUGCAAAAAUAUUUUUGGGUUGAUAUUCAAGAAAAGCAAAUUACAUUUCUGGGAAUACUUUGUUUUUUAAAUUGCAUGUACUUCACAUUAAGAGGCAACAACAAAGUACUUGGUUGAAAGAAAAAAAAAAACAAGGCCACUCCUGCUGACUGAAUCUAGAUUUUAAACAUGUGGGGGGGCUUUUAAACAGGAGUAUUUCUUUAAUAUAUCUUUUCAAAGUAUUAUCAGAAAGUUGUUAGAUUUGUAAGAAGACAUCUGAGGAGACUCGAUCCAUUCAGAACCAGAUUUAAAAACAGGCCACUUUUGUCCAGCCAGGCUGUUGUGGCGGAGGAGAUAAGAGCCUGUGCGAAGGCCUUUGAACCACAGAGCUUCAAUGACAACUUCGGCUGACCUUUUGUUUUCCUUUCUGCAUUGAAAGCGACCGGUCCCCUUUUCCCCCCCAUAGCAACCAAUCAGUCCACUCCCAAUUUAUUGGGAUUUCUUUGAGCUUGUGUGUGUGAUGUUCCGCCCUAAACACUCUGGUCUGAUGUUACAGGUUUUUGUUUCCCUGCACACUCCCACUCCCUGUCCAUUUGCAUGGCAACCCUUUACUGGGCCAGCUGCUGCUGCCCUUUUCUUUCGUCAUGUUGAAUCCUAAUCAUUACUUUCAAAGGAGAGCGUCUCCAAAGCUCCUUUAUCAAGUGUUUGUACUGGGAGGAGGCAAGCCGCUGUCCAGCACCCACUCAGGCUGCUCCUCUGCUUAACUCUCUGUUCUGCAAGCCGUGCGUAUUUCCUAUUAGUAACCUGCUUCUUCAAGUUUGGAGAAGAUAACAUAUGGAAGAAGAAGCUCUGCACUGAUGCCAUGAGGUUGAUUCUGGUCAAACCCACCAACGCAACGCGACGUCUUGACUCAACAGGUGAGGUCUUCCAUGAUGGGGACCAUGAGCAUUGUACCUCAGGAGGUCCAUCCUCAAAAACUCCUGAGGGCAUGCGGGAUCGAUACUCAGGUGCCUCUGUGGAAGUGUCUUCUUCCCCGCAGGAGAUGAGUCUCUGCUGUGUUUCAUCUUCGCCCCAUGAAAGAUCUAAUGGAAUCAGCCCACCAAGAGAUUCAGCCCAGAUGUCGCCACUGAAAACCCAAAACCUAAACUUAUCACAUUUGAGUGACCAGGACUGGCUGUUGCUUUGUGGCCAGGUUAGCAGCGUGGGAGAUGAAUCACCCUCAGUGGAAAGAGCAGGAACCAGCGUGGGACAUCCAAACCCCAGUGACAGAUGUGGUUGUUCCUGUCCUGAUGUACACCAACAUCCAGAGGCCUCUACUUUUCAUCAGGGCCCAGUCCAGCAAGGCUGCCUCUCCAGGGUUUCAAACAGGAGAAGCCUUUCAUCUUCACCACACACCCAGCCUUUCUCCCAAUGCACCCAAGCUCCAACCCCUUGCCAGGUUUUACCACAGCAAAUAAACCAAAGGAAUCUUUUGAAACCUGCAACGAACCAUCCGCAGGAUAAUUUCACGCUCCAGCGCGGUGACCAAGAUGGUCAAAAGGAGUUACUGCAGCAGCAGUCCUGCAAUCAUUUUAAACUUAAAGACAGCAGCAACGCAACUUUAUUCAACAUUCCCCUGACCUCCAUCGAGUGUGCUGAGACAAAUCAGAAGCUCCACCAACACUCUCAGCCUGCCGUCACCACAAACCUCAACUGGAGAGAGCUCUUUGGCAACGAACCACUAUUAGUUCAGCAACGUCAAAGGAAAGACUCUCAGUGCUCGAUGAGCGGUGAUCAGAGCUGCAAGUCAUCUGGAGAUCCCUCCAUUGUCCUCAAGUGCCGUCAUCUCCCGUACAAGCCUUUGACCAGCACUCCGCGGGUGCAGAGAUCGUCUACGCCAGCCAGUAACAAAAGUGUCCAAUCCUUCUCCACCAGCCAGUAUAGCUCACUUGAGAACCAGGAUCUAGUGGAGGAGAGAGCUAGACGACGGCAAAGUCAGACCAACUCUCAACACCUCAGUAGAUCAAGACUCUCAAUCCUUAAACACACUCCUCCACCAUCCUCCACCUUCCAAUCUGGUGGCACAGUCAAUGGGGAUGCAGUGCGACCGCUGAGCAGCCAGGGCACUCUUAGAUCCAGUCUUGCAGAUCUCCCCUCAGGCCAGCAGCCUCUUCAGCUUCUCCACAGUGCCAUCCUGGAGGAUGCCUUCUCUAAAGUCAUCAGAGAAGAUUCCAGUAAGGCCAACAGUGAGAACCUGACCAGAGAGGAAGGCAGCGUACCACACAAGAAGACCAAGGACAUUAGCUACCGGCUGGGUCAGAGAAAAGCGCUCUUCGGGAAGCGUAAACAGUUGAGUGACUAUGCGUUGGUCUGUGGGAUGUUUGGCAUCAUCGUCAUGGUGAUUGAGACGGAGCUGUCGAGGGGGUUUUAUGGCAAGGAAUCUAUAUAUUCAUAUGUACUGAAAGGCCUGAUCAGCCUCUCGACUGCUAUUCUUCUUGGACUCAUUGUGAUGUACCAUGCAAGGGAGAUCCAGCUCUUCAUGGUGGACAAUGGAGCGGACGACUGGAGGAUAGCUAUGACCUUUGAGCGGAUUUUCUUCGUUGCGUUUGAGCUGCUCAUCUGUGCCAUCCACCCAAUCCCAGGCCAGUAUGUGUUCACCUGGACAGCUCGACUGGCCUUCAGCUACACAGCAUCAGUGGCGGAUGCUGAUGUUGACAUCAUCCUCUCUGUGCCCAUGUUCCUGCGCCUCUACCUGAUUGGUCGGGUCAUGCUGCUCCACAGUAAGCUGUUCACGGACGCCUCCUCCCGCAGCAUCGGGGCACUCAACAAGAUCAGCUUUGACACUCGUUUUGUCAUGAAGACUCUGAUGACCAUCUGCCCCGGCACGGUCCUGCUGGUCUUCAGCGUGUCUUGCUGGAUCAUUGCAGCGUGGACUGUGCGCGUAUGUGAGAGGUAUCACGAUGCACAGGAGGUGACCAGUACCUUCCUUGGAGCAAUGUGGCUGAUCUCCAUCACCUUCCUGUCCAUCGGCUACGGCGACAUGGUCCCUCAUACCUACUGUGGGAAGGGGGUUUGCCUGCUGACAGGAAUCAUGGGAGCGGGCUGUACAGCCUUAGUGGUCGCCGUUGUUGCACGAAAGUCAGAACUCACCCGAGCUGAGAAGCACGUCCAUAACUUCAUGAUGGAUACUCAGCUGUAUAAAAAGGUAAAAAACACAGCAGCGAAUGUGCUGAGGGAGACGUGGCUCAUCUACAAAAACACCAAGCUGGUCAAAAAGAUCGACCGUGCCAGAGUGCGCCACCAUCAGCGCAAAUUCCUGCAAGCCAUCCACCAACUGCGAACAGUCAAAAUGGAGCAAAGGAAACUCACCGAUCAGGCCAACACAGUCGCUGACCUUGCCAAGACUCAGAACAUGAUGUAUGAUCUGGUGUUGGAGCUGCAGCAUCGCAGCGAGGAGCUGGACAGGAGGAUCGCAGCUCUGGAAGAGAAACUGGACUCCAUCCUUCUCAGCGUGCAGUCGCUGCCCGUUGUGCUUUCUCAAGCAAUAACAAAGCUGCAAAAGGAUUUCCUGGACGACUUGGCCUGUCGUGUCCACUUCCUGUCAUCCUCCCUGAGCUCUGAGUGCUGUUCGGUCCCUGCCAGGCAGCUCUGUCAAGGACCCGCCACACCAGAGACACCGUACAGCUCAUAGGCCUCACUCAGUGGUUUUCCUUUUAGUCUGUGACCUUUUUUUUUACACUGGGAAGGAUUUUCUCAACAUGCACACUUUUUUUUAAAAGUUGUGCUCUGCUACACAUUCAUACAGUUACACACAUUCACCCCUGGGAGUUACAGCUUCCGCUCCAGGGAGAAGGGAAGUCCCUCAGUCUUGGAGGGGAAGGGAAAAGCAUUACUCCUUCAUUUCCUCUUCUCAAAGUUUCACACAUAACCCAGCAGCUGGGUUUUCAGAUACAAACACCCAAACAUCAGUCCAUAGAGCCUAUUUUUAUCUCACUCCAGAGAUCCAUAUUACUGUCAUGGUGAAUAAAAUCCAUGAUUAAUACAGUGUAUCUUCUACAGCCUAACUGAGUUCACUCCUAAGCAAUUAAAUGAAUAAGGGAUUCCUAAUUUUUUUGAGCUCAAAGACCUCAUCUUGUUAAGCCUGUCUUGUUUUUGCUCACCAGUCCACUAUGUUGCUGUAUUUAUUUCUGAAAAAUCUAACAUUAUGGAACUGGAAAAGGUUCUUUGUUUACUAGUUAUUAAUGAUCAUCUCGGGGGUGGGCUCGUCGUUGCUGCCUAACUGGCAGUGAAGAUGAUGAAGGCUGUGCUCCCAUACAUCCAAGAGUUGUUGUUUUUCCUCUUCCAUCAGGUCCCCCAUUAGAGAAGGGUGGUUAGGCAUAGACAGGGAAGACUUUCUGCUUCAAAGCAAUAACGGUCUGGUGCUAGCUGAGAUUUCAGAGCUGUUAAAGGCUUGUGAGAAGUGUGGUCUCAGAUGGUCAGACCAAACUGUUAUGAUUGUGGUAAAUGCCAGACUAAAGCCUAAAGGGGAAGAAACGUUGCACUGAGGGAGCCUAGACUUUAGAAUAUCGGAUUUAUUUAACAUGGCGAUUGUUUCAGAGCCACCCGAAUGCUCUUGUUUAUUUUCUUCACUCACAUCCUUGUUUUUCUUAUUGUUUGUAUGGUGAUUUGCUGCUUCUUGCAACGUUUUCCUGUGUAGCAGUAUCCUAUUAAAGGCCCAGUGUGUAAGAUUUAGUGGCAUCAUAGCAGUGAAGUUGCAUAACUGAAACAUCUCCUGUGUGCCAACUGUGUUUGAGAACUAUGCUGGCUGACACACAAACACAAAUGGCUCUAUCUAGAGCCAACCUUUGAUUUGUCUGUUCUGGGCUACUGUAGAAACAUGACAUACUCCGUGGAAGAGGACCUGCUCCAUAUGUAGAUAUGAAUGGCUCAUUCAAAGGCAACAGAAGCAAUGAUUCUUAGUUUCAGGAGAUUUUAAACUGACUAAAACAUAUUUGUGAAUAUCAUAUACCAUUUUUGCCAGUAGAUGCCUCUAAAUCCACACUGGACCUUUAAGUUGUACACAUAAAAAUCU